AUGGCACCUGCUAUGACGCCUUUCGCGGCGGCCCAGCGGCCCAUCCGCAUCGCCAACUGCUCUGGCGCCGUCACUGACCCCGGUGUACACAUGUACAACCAGGCCGCGUACGGACCUGUCGAUGUCAUCACCGGUGACUACCUCGCGGAGGCUACCCUCGCUAGCGAUGCCCUCAAGAUGCACGACGCCGCUGAGCCCGGCUGGGUGCCCACCGCCCUGGCGGGCAUCCAAAUGUCCCUCGACCUGGUCGCUGAGAAGCGUAUCAAGGUCAUUGUCAAUGGCGGCUCCCUCAACCCCGCCGGCCUGGCGGACAAGGUCCGCGACAUGAUCACCGACAAGGGCCUCGCCCUCCGCGUCGCUUAUGUGGACGGCGAUAAUCUCAUGCCCAAGAUUGGCGCACUCCUUGGCGCGCAAAAGGAUGGCAAGCCGUCGUCUGCGCUGCGGCAUCUCGACGCGGACAACCCCCAGGUGACACUCGCCGACGACGCGCUCGCCUUCCUCUCCGACCCGGAGGGCAUGCCCGUCGUCGCCGCCAACGCCUAUCUGGGCUACCGUGCCGUCAAGUGCGCCCUGGAUGAGGGCGCCGACAUCGUCAUCUGUGGCCGUGUCGCCGACGCCUCGCCCGUCAUCGCCGCCGCCGCGUGGUGGUAUGGCUGGGCGCCCGACCGUCUUGACGAGCUCGCCGGUGCGCUCAUCGCAGGCCACCUCAUCGAGUGCUCGACCUACGUCACGGGCGCCAACUUUGCUGGCGCGGACCGCCACCCCGUCGACGCCUUUGUCGAUCUGGGCUUGCCAAUCGCGGAGGUCGGCCCCGACGGCACAUGCGUCGUCACAAAGCAUGAUCGCCUCGGCGGCUUCGUCACCGAGGACACUGUGCGCUGCCAGCUGCUGUAUGAGCUGCAGGGAAACAUAUACCUCAACAGCGACGUCAAGGCCGACAUUUCGGGUAUUCGUGUCGAGGCUGAGCCGGGGUCAUCGCGAAACCGCGUCCGUGUCUGGGGCGUCCGCGGCCAUCCUCCGCCGCCGACGACCAAGCUUGCCGUCUUCUACCGCGCCGGCUGGCAGCUCGAGAUUCUCAUUAACGCGACGGGUCUCGCCACAAAGCACAAGUGGGAUGUCCAGGAGGCCCAGGUGCGCCAUCGGCUGGCCGAAUGGGGUGCCCUCGAUGCCCUCGACGUGCUCGACUUUCAGCGCGUCGGCACGUCCGCCGAGAACCCGAGCUCCCAGCUGUCGGCGACCACGUACAUGCGCAUCUUUGCCCAGGCGCGGGACAAGGCAGCGGUGAGCGCCGUGGCUGGCGCGUGGAACUUUUGCUUCAUGGCUCACUUUCCGGGCAUGCACUGCUCGCUCGACUUCCGCACAGUCCAACCCCGGCCGUUCCUGGGCUACUACCCGGCGGUGGUACCGCAGACGGAGCUCGACGAGGCCGUCACCCUGCUGCCCAGCCCGCGGGACAAGUCGCCGCCACGCCGGAUCGCCAUCCCCGCGCCGGCCGUCACCGAACCGCUCGCCCCGCGCGAGAGCUACGACGCGACGGACCCCGCGCCCCUGACGUCCUUUGGGCCCAAGACGAUGCGGCCCCUCGGCGACGUGGUGCUCGGCCGCUCCGGCGACAAGGGCGGCAACGUGAACCUAGGCCUGUUUGUGCAUACCCCCGAGCGCUGGGCCUGGCUGCGCAGCUUCAUGACGCGCGACCGCCUGCGCGAGCUGAUGCGCGAAGACUGGAAGCCGUGGUACCACGUCGAGCGCGUUGAGAUGCCGGGCAUAUUCGCUGUGCACUUUGUCGUGUAUGGCCCGCUGGGGCGGGGGGUGAGCAGCUCCAAGCUGCUCGACAGCUUGGGCAAGGGGUUUGCCGAGUAUAUACGCGCCGUGUGGGUGCCUGUGCCGUCGCGGUUCUUGCAUGAGGCGUCGAAGCUGUGA